AUGCAACUUGGUCGUGGUGAAAAUUUGCUGAAGCAUUCGACUCAACUCUCUGAUAUGGAUAUUCUCUUUGUAAACAACGCCAAGCUUCAAUUACUUUUAAAUGAAUUUUCCAAGUGGAUUGGGAACAACACAGAAAAGAAAGAAAAGGAAGAGUUAAUCCUUCACCAGGCACAUCUUCCGGAAGAUUUGAGGGGUGUCGUGCAAGUUUUAUGCAUUUUUAAUUGCACUUUUGUGACUGUUUUUGAUACUAGAAUUUUAAUCAACGACAGUAAAGAUCAAGGAGUUUAUAUUAUUUAA